AUGGCAGUUGAUCGUGUGCUGGCGAUAUGUUUCGCGUUCUAUUAUAAACAACACGUGAGUGUCAAAACGUGGAAACUAGCCUGUCUUCUUGCUACAGUCUCUGUAGCGGCACUGAAUCUUCUGCCGUUAAUCGGACUUGGAAGUUAUACCGGCACGAGAAAGAGCACGGGUAAAAUGUACUGCACGUCACUCAGUUUUAAGGUACCGCCUAUUGAGAGGGUGUACGGGAUGGCGUAUGGAUUCGCGGGAAUAAUAUGCGUGAUCAUGAUUGUAUGCCUGAAUGCGGUUGUGAUACGGUCUGUUUUGAAGCUCUCCUCACGGGUUGUUAGCUUUGCACCAUCAGAGUCUGCCACCAGUUCAACAGGAGAUACCAACUCCUCAAAAGUAAACCAAACCUCAGUGGAAGUUGCUUUUGCUAAACUGAUGCUAGCACUAGCGACUGUCUACCUCGUCUGCGAAACUCCUUACAACGUUUUGAUUUUACUACAGCAGUUCAGGGUACCUGUUGACGUGAAAAUUACAAGCUAUGUUCAUCUCAUCUCAGGAUUCAGCUACACUGUAGAUCCUGUUGUUUAUAUCCUGAUUCGUAAAACCAACAGGAAACGUAUCGUCGAUUUCCUCUGUCGCAGAAAGGAUUCAUGA